AUGUCUUUCUGUAAUAACCAAACAAUUACAGUGCGUAACUUGGACAUUUCAGAGAAUUUAACUAAUGGAAACCCCAGGACAGCUACCACAAGCACACAACGGGCUGUUAUGUUAGGUUUAACUCUGGGAGCGUUCAUUCUCUUCGCUGUAAUAGGAAAUAUUUUAGUCAUACUCUCAGUCGUUUGUCACAGGCACCUCCGGAUUGUCACGAACUAUUUUAUCAUUAACUUAGCCGUAGCUGACCUGCUGCUUAGUACCACUGUGCUGCCUUUCUCCGCGACACUGGAGGUGCUUGGUUACUGGGUUUUUGGGCGCGUGUUUUGCAAUAUCUGGGCAGCUGUGGAUGUCCUGUGCUGCACUGCCUCAAUUCUGAGCCUCUGUGUUAUUUCGGUCGACAGGUACAUUGGCGUGAGCUACCCCCUGCGUUACCUUACGAUGAUGAACAAAAAGCGAGGACUCAUCACUUUGGCUGCAGUCUGGGUGCUCGCAAUGGUUAUCUCCAUCGGCCCUCUGUUAGGUUGGAAGGAGCCCGAUCCACAAGACGAUAGUGUCUGCAAGAUUACAGAAGAGCCCGGCUAUGCUAUUUUCUCAGCCCUGUGUUCCUUCUACGUGCCCCUCAUGGUGAUUUUAGCGAUGUAUUUCCGAGUCUACCUGGCAGCCAGGAUAGAGACCAAGAGUCUGUAUUCUGGGAUUAAGAGAGAACGACUGAACUCCUCAGAGGAAAAAGUCAUUCUGAGGAUCCACAGGAAGAUCUCAACAGGGGAGAGCUCCUUAAGCAAACACGUGCAACCUUCUAAGAGCAAAAGUCUGAAAAGCUCCCUUUCCUUUAGGAUUCACAAGUUCUCCAAGGAAAAGAAAGCUGCAAAAACACUGGGAAUAGUUGUGGGAGUCUUCAUUCUCUGCUGGCUGCCUUUUUUUGUUGUACUCCCCUUAGGUUCAUUUUUCCCUCAGUACAAACCUUCUGAAGAUUUAUUUAAAGUCAUUUUCUGGCUGGGCUAUUUCAAUAGCUGCAUCAACCCAAUUAUAUACCCCUGUUUCAGUCAAGAGUUCAAAAGAGCCUUCAAGUGCAUUCUUAAGGGCCAGUUCAGGAGAAGAACCCCAUUUCAUGCGCAGCAUCAUUUCACCUCCAGAACCAGCAUGGAGAUGACAGUAAGCACUCUGGAAUGUGAACCUGUUAAAGACAAUUUCAGAUUUAGCACCAUGUCUGAGAUUCGUGAGUCUCUGCCCUACCUGACAGAUGACACUGAAUGGAAAUGUAUGUCUUCACUGCAAGAGCUGCAUUCAUACAGAGGGUAAUAUGAAAUGCUGGUCACAUCUUUACAUAACAGAUUACUCAAUGUCAUUCUCAUUGGGACCAAGAUAAAUCUGCUUAGAAGAAUAGUCAUUUUUGCUCACAGUCAGUCAAAAAAUAGAACUAAAGCAAAUGCUGGUACAGCUUUAGAAUAAUAUAGAUAGCUAUAAAAAAAAAAAAAAAAAAGCUGACAAAUUAAUGUGAAAGCCUUGUCCGUCAGUAACUUUUGAAUUUGUUGUAUUUCAGGUAUUCAACAGCUUUUAACAUUAUAUGUAGAUUCAGCUCUGUCUUAUAACCUGUUUAUUUUGCAUUUUGAGACCGUAAAUCAAUGAAACCUUAAACUUUGAACAGCUGGAUCUAUUCCAUUAGUAAAGCACUUUGAGACCUUGUUUAUAUACUAGACCACAUUCAUGUCCAGCUCAUAUAGAUUUACGUAAGUUUUUGGAACAUUUCAAAUAGAAUUGUAAUCCUCAGACUUUGUCAUCUUUUUGGUUAAUGUGACUCAGAAACUGCUCCUGCUUUUUGUGCUAUGUGUUAUCUAUCUUGUAUGUAUUGCAAACGUAUUUGAUUAUCUGCUCAAAACGGCUAUAUUUGUAUCCUAUUUUUUCAAACUACACAUAUUUGUAAAUGCUACAAAAGAUAAUUGUGCAUUAUAGUGCUCAUUCGUCAAAUAAAUGUGCAUUAACUGCCAUGAA